CACAAGUCAGAAUGAUGCAAACCAGGGUCCAGCUUCCAAUACUCUGUGUCUGCCCACCCUUUUUUCUUACGUGUACUUGCUUUUGGCAUGGUAGCAUGAUCUGUGUUGUUGUAUACACUUACAUAAUCAUAAUAACAACAACAAACAAACCUCUCUUACAGUAAAUUUGAUGCUAAGAAGUGGAGGCAUUUUCUUCCAGCCAUGAACUCGUUUCAACUGCAUUCCUUGAAUCUUACCCCGAAUGCCACGGAGGACAACACUUUAGGACCAAAUGCCAAGAACAUGUCUUCGGCCUGUGGGGACAUGGGCAUUGCUGUGGAAGUGUUCCUGACUCUGGGUCUCAUCGGCCUCUUAGAGAACAUCCUGGUCAUUGGGGCCAUAGUGAAAAACAAAAACCUGCACUCACCCAUGUACUUCUUUGUGGGCAGCUUAGCAGUUGCUGACAUGCUGGUGAGCAUGUCCAAUGCCUGGGAGACUAUCACCAUAUACUUGCUAAAUAAUAAACACCUGGUGAUAGCAGAUACCUUUGUGCGUCACAUUGACAAUGUGUUUGACUCCAUGAUCUGCAUUUCUGUUGUGGCCUCCAUGUGCAGUUUGUUGGCCAUUGCAGUGGACAGGUACAUCACUAUCUUCUACGCUUUGCGCUACCACCACAUCAUGACAGCAAGGCGCUCGGGGGUGAUUAUUGCAUGCAUAUGGACUUUCUGCAUAAGCUGUGGCAUUGUUUUCAUCAUUUACUAUGAGUCCAAGUAUGUCAUCAUUUGCCUCAUCUCCAUGUUCGUCACCAUGCUGUUCUUCAUGGUCUCUCUGUAUAUACACAUGUUCCUCUUGGCACGGAACCAUGUCAAGCGCAUAGCAGCUUGCCCCAGAUACAAUUCUGUAAGGCAAAGGACCAGCAUGAAGGGUGCCAUUACCCUCACCAUGCUACUGGGGGUUUUCAUUGUGUGCUGGUCUCCCUUCUUCCUUCACCUUAUCUUAAUGAUUUCAUGCCCCCAGAACAUCUAUUGCUCUUGCUUUAUGUCUUACUUCAACAUGUACCUUAUACUCAUCAUGUGCAAUUCUGUGAUCGAUCCUCUGAUAUAUGCCUUCCGCAGCCAAGAGAUGCGGAGGACCUUUAAAGACAUCAUUUGCUGUCACGGCUUUAGACUAAUUUGUAGGCUCUGUGGCACGUAUUGAACACAUCCUCGUCUCUGUGGUUCUCAUCUCUUAGUCAAUAAGGUUCAACCAGGGGAUAAGCAAGGUCUCUAGGAAUCUCAAAUGUAUUCUUUAUCUCUUCUGCUGCUCAAACUUUUUUUUUUAAAAAAAAAACU